UAGCAUUGAAUUGCUUAGCCUGUAAUUCAAAAAACCCACUUGGAAAAUCCUGUUACCCAAAUCUGGUCAGAUCUUACUUUGUGGGAUUUUGGUGUUUAUUUUUAUUUUCUUUGGUUUUGUGGGUGGGUCUUAUAUGAACAGAAAACCCAAUAUCCCUCUUUCUUCUAUUCCCCCCACUCUUUUCUCCCCCUUUCUUUGUAUACCCAAAUCCCACCACCAUUCUCAGUUUCCCACCAACAAAAACAUCAACAAUUUUACAAACUUUUUUGUGUUUCUUUCAACUAAACUUUAAAACUAGAUAAAAUUUUUUCAAUAGGUUGGUCCAAAAAUGGGAAUGGCAGCUGAACCUCAGUUUCAUGUAUUGGCUGUUGAUGACAGCUUAAUUGAUAGAAAGCUCAUUGAGCGUCUCUUAAAAACCUCGUCUUAUCAAGUUACAACAGUGGAUUCUGGCAGUAAAGCUUUAGAAUUUCUGGGUUGGCAAGAGCAACAACAAGAACUACCUUCAAUUUCACCUGAUGAUCAGCAGGAAGUAGUAGAAGUGAAUCUAAUUAUUACAGAUUAUUGUAUGCCUGGAAUGACUGGCUAUGAUUUGUUAAAAAAAGUCAAGGAAUCCUCUUCACUGAGAAACAUACCUGUAGUUAUAAUGUCAUCUGAGAAUGUUCCUUCUAGAAUUACCAGAUGUUUAGAGGAAGGAGCGGAAGAAUUUUUCCUUAAACCAGUGCGAUUGUCGGAUGUAAAUAGGCUUAAACCCCAUAUGUUAAGAGCCAAAUAUGGGCAACAACAGCAAGACAUGCUUGAAGUUGAAGCCUGUCAAAUACCCGAGAUAAAAUCUAUUCAUCAACCACACCACGAACAACGAACACAAGAUCCGCAACCACAGCCACAAUCACAACUGCAACAAGGGCAAGAAACAGAACAAAAAACUGAAGAACAACAACAACAACAAUCACAGCAACAAGUACAUCAACAACAGAACAAUAAUAGCAAGAGAAGGUCCAUUGAACUGAUGGAAGAUGGACUUUCACAAGAUAGAACAAGACCUAGAUUCAGUGGUCUGACUACUGUGAUCUGAUUAGUAAAACUUUCCCUUUAUUUUUUUCUUGGGUAGUUUAAUCAAAUUAGAUCUUGGUUAAUUUUUUUACAUUUACCCCGUAUUUUUUUUUUUUUUAUAAUCGCCUUUUCGUUUCUUUUUCCUUAUAUACCCUUAGAGGGUUUGUAGAGAUGAUAAGGAAGAUGUAUAUUAUGAAGGGUUGGGGGGACAGAAAGAGAGUUUUAAUUAAUUAAUCUCAUGGUUAAACCUGUAUACAUCAUCUUACACUGAACAUAAAUGUAAUUUUCCAAUUUUGUUUUACAUAUUAAUAGAAGAAUUAUUGACAGGAUUAA